AUGACAAAAAUCCAAGGAAUGAUUUUCUCUCCCGUGCUUGAGCAAGCCUGGAAAGAUAUCAAGGCGAAGAAGAUUAAAGGCUUCUCGAUGAAAUUGUCGGAAGACUUGAAGAGCAUCGAGGUUGAUCGAACCGUCGGAUUUGAGGACAACAGCUGGAGAGAACUGACCGACUCGCUGCCUGAGUCGGAUGUUCGAUACAUUCUGUACAACUUCACCUACAAGCGAUCGAUCGAGUACAAAGUCGACAACGACUGCAUUACCCACGAAAAAUGGGCGUUUCUGAAAUGGCUUCCUUCUGGAGUCCCAGUCAAGCGAAAAAUGAUGUUUUCGAUGGCCUCGAAGCCGCUCAAUCAGGAUUUUUUCCGAACGCGAUUCCCCUGGGAGUUCCAAUGCUCCGACAAAGAUGAGAUUUCGGCUGAAUCACUGACUGAAGAAUUGAAAAAGGAUAAGAAGUACCAGCAAACUGUUGAAAUUUACUGA